ACAGAUAGAACCAAACGUGUGCGCGAGGGAGUUCCCCCAAAACAAACCCCGUGCACGUGGCUGGAGAAAGGGGUGGAGCGAACCUCUUUGUUAUUACGAUGUUUUCCACGGCCACAAGAAACUUUGUGGAGGAGAUAGGUGAUGAUGAUGGCAGCUUGAUCCCUGUGUCCAGUCUGAUUGACUCAGACAAACUGGUCCCUCUCUCACUGGUUGUGAAACGCAAGCGUUUUUGGAUUUGGCAGAAACCCAAAUACCUGCCCACUGAUUUUACCCUCAGUGAUGUGCUGACUGGAGACACACCCUUAACCCCAGUUGUGGUCAAGACUGAUUUCCUAAAGUACCAAGGGACAUUUGGUGACAACAAAUCWGGAAACUUUGAGUCAAAUUUGGUUGCUGUAAACCUUAAAGUGGAGGGGAAAGACACAUCUAAACUGCAGUCGUCCUUCGGCAGCCUGAAGAAAGAGGAGGUGGAUGUACAGAAGUUGCUGCGCGAYUCCAAAGACAAUGAGUCCGUCAGACGCAAGAGGCAGUGGUGGACCAGGGACGGAUCUCUGUUUAGUGAGUCGUCACGACCAGAGGCAGCAGGUAAGGAUGACCAAGGGACGUCUCUGUUUAGUGAGUCCGUCAGACCCGAGAGCAAGUUGGAGAUGACCAGGGACGAUCUCUGUGUUAGUGAGUCCGUCAACGCAGAGGCAG